AUGGCGGGCAAGGCAGACCACCACCAACACGGUGACUACCCUUAUGACCCCGACACCAGCGACUCGUGGCAGACUAUCAGCCAGUACCACGCCGACUCCGAGUCCAGCGAUAGUUGGGAGACCAUCAGCCCUUCCCCUUCCCUCUCCCCUUCCCCUCCUGCCAGGAUGAAGAGUCCCCGAAAGCUGUCAAGGCCCCCACGCGUCACCAUCCACACGCCCUCCGAGGAGGAUCUCCAUCAGAGAUAUGCUGAGCUCCGAGGCCGACGCCCUCCUACUCCCUACGCAUAUUCGCGUCACUCCAACCCCCAGGACGAGGACGAGCACCAGGACGACCGCAGGGCCAGGAAGUCGCCCGACCACAACCCCUCCGCAGCUGAGGCCAGUACUGCUGCCACAACUGCGGCAAACACUGCUGCCAAUACUGGCAUUCCUGCACCUCAGCCAGGCCCCGGCCAGCCUUUCGCAGCUGGCCAACAAUCUUUUCAUUCCUUUCAAUCCUUUCAACCCUUCCAACCUUUCCAUCCUUGCGUGCCUGGUCAACAACCUCCCUUCCUCUUCAACACAGCAACAAACUUCGCACCUUGCCCAGUCUCUGGCGGCGGCAACAACAACACCAUGGCAGAGGGAUACGGCAACUCGUUUCCCAACAACAACGGAGUCCACUUCCAGCCCCAGGUGCCUGACACUUCUCUGGGCCCCAUGACUCACACGUACCAGCCUCGUUUCGACAACGGCUGCGUCGCCUUCGCUCAACCUGGCAUCGUCGUAUGUCCGCCCUCAUCUUUCGUUUCCGUCCCCCCUCCCACCUUGGCACCCCUUCCUCUCGCCCCACUCCAGCCUGUGCGGCCUGUCACUUUCGCCCCGCAGCCGCUCGUCGUCGCGCCAGCCGUGGCGCCGGCCAUGCCUACCUUGAUUGCAAGUGCCCCAGUGUAUACGACUUUAGGCUACAAGAGCGACGGGAGCAUUGUUGCUCCACGCGUCCUUGCUGUGAGACUCGUCACACCCCGCACAUUCUCCCCUCUGCCUCGAGGCGCUUCUGCCUUCUCUGGUCCGGGUCCCCAGCAGUACGCCGUCCACAUGCACAACGGCCAGGCCACGGCCCCCAUCAUGCCCGUCAUCGCGCAGCAGCCCUUCCCGCCGCAGCCGAUGGUUGUCGGCGCUGGCCCGCCCGUGCAGGGUCCGCCCAUGAUGCUCGGCCCCGGUGGUGUGCCCCCCGGACAGCCCGUCCUUGUGCAUGGAGGACCCGCGCCCGUGGGGAUGGGAGGACCGACCGUGAUGCCAGGUAACUAUCCCGCCCACCCCACUCGGUAUCCUGGUCACCAUGAGCCUGCCUUGGGCAUAGGCCAGACUGCUAGCGAUGUCGCUGCCGCCGCUAUGAUGAACCCCGAGCUCAAUGAACCGCAGGAUUUUGAGCCCAAAGACAAGAACCCCUCGCGCAUGUACAUGGUCCGCCAGCUUGACGGAAAGUACAUCCAGAUGCCGCGCGCAACGAUCGACUUUUUCGGAAAGGCGUGCCGUUGGUAUGUCACAGACGACGGGGUCUUCUAUGCAGUGCGCUUGGAGGAGGCUUAG